CUCUCUACCAGCACUUUCUCUCUCUAAUACACCCUACUUGUCUGGUUUAUGGUAAAACAAAAAUUGCUGCCAUUUUGUACAUGCACGAAUCAUUGAGGAAAAAAAUUGUUUCUUGAGCUCUAAUUCGAUGGAAUUUAAUUAGGGUUUUAAUGGGUUCUGAUACAAUGGCAGACAGUAACAUUGACUGUAAUGCCUCAGACUUGCUCUGUACAGAAACAAAUAGCCUGUGUUGCUUUGACGGUCCUGAUUGGGUGACACCAGAUGAUCAAACUCAUUCCAAUCGUACCCAAGAAAUCGGCAUUAAGAGGAACAGAUCGGAGCCAUCCAUCGGUUUGCCAUUGUUGAGUGAAGAAGGUUUUUUCUCUAUGUUCAAAGCAGAGAGUGAGCAUUUGCCAAGAGAUGAUUAUCUAUCUAGAUUGAGAAGUGGUGACCUGGAUAUGAGCGUGAGGAAGGAAGCUCUUGAUUGGAUUUCAAAGACGCAAGCUUAUUACAAUUUUGGUCCAUUGAGCAUUUGUCUGUCGAUGAACUAUUUGGACAGAUUUCUUUCAGUCCAUGAACUGCCUAGGGAAAAAAGUUGGACUGUUCAACUGUUAGCUGUAGCUUGUUUGUCAAUAGCAGUCAAAGUGGAGGAGACGGUUGUUCCUCUGAAUGUAGAUUUACAGUUUAUGUCUUCAAAAGAGGAAGAACCAAAGUUUGUAUUUGAAGGAAAGGACAUACAAAGAAUGGAGCUUUUAUUGAUGAGCACUUUAAAGUGGAGAAUGCAAGCUUCUACUCCUUUCACCUUCAUUGAUUACUUUCUUAGAAAUAUGAACAAGGAUAUUGAAGGAUUCGAACCCAGUCCAAUUAUGAUCUCUAGAUCAGUUGAGAUUAUAUUAAGCACAGUUAAAGGUAUUGAUUUCCUGGAAUUUAAGCCUUCUGAGAUUGCAGCUGCGGUGUCUAUGUUUGUUUUGGAAGAAGAUGAUCAUGUGGAAUUCAAGGCAAUGUCUUUUUCUUCUUUGAUUCUAAAUUUAGACAAGGGGAGAGUUUUGAAGUGUUUUGAAGUGAUUAAGGAUUUGUUGAGGAUGAUAAGUCGGUCAUCGGCGACGGCGGCGGCGGUGGUGGUGCCGGAGAGCCCAAAUGGGGUGUUGGAAGGCGGCGCAUGUUUGAGCCAUAAAAGUGAUGCUGCUAAUAAUUCUUCGAUUUCUCCUUCCAAAUUGAACCAAAACAUGAACAAUGGUCAUCUUCUUCUUCACCCAACUUCUUAACUCUCCAUUGUUGUUGCCCAUCCAAAAAAAAAAAACAAUUUAAUGAGAAAUAUGCAUACAUAAAAAAAAUUUAGAUUAUGCAGCAGAAGAAACAAGUAUGGGGUUUGAUGUU